GCUGUAAAGGGAAAGUGGAGGCGGGGAGCGCGGGGAGCGCGGGGCGGCCGUUCCUCUGCUGUGUCCCGGUCCAGAGCGGGGUCCCCCCGAGCUACCCCCGCACCCCCGUCCUUAUCUUGGGUCCUCUUUUCCCGAAGAACUCUUCCUGUUCGCGGUGUGUGCUCCCUAUCCCAGGACCCAUAGCCCCUAGGCACCUCCUGUUCUUAUCACUGGGGGUCCCAGCACCCCUUAUUCCCUGGGCACUCUCUGUUCUGGGUUCCCUGUUCUUUCGGGGGUGGGUUCCUAGCACCCCUAUCCUGGGCGCUGUGCUCCCGGGCCUCCACCGUUGGGGUGACCCCUUUAGGGUCAGGACCCCGAAGGGGCAGUCAUCCCUUAUGGAGGGUGCAGGACCCCAGAGGGCUGAUGACCCCUUAGGGAUGGUGCAGGACCCCGGAAGGAGUGAUGCUGCCCCACUGUGAGCGGUGCCCCCUCGCCCACCCCACUGCCCCCUCUACCCCACACACUUUGCUGGCUCGCAGUGCUGUGUGGUUUGGCACACAGGGGGCCCCGGAGCACGAGGCUGACGCAUGGCAAGCAGUGCCCUGCCAACGUCCUCGUGUCAGCCCCGCUGCACCAGUGGGGUCACUGCACAGAGCCCUGACCCAUUGGCUCCGGCACUGGGAAUAAUGUGGCCGCCGCUGGGAUUUACUGUCAAGGAAACCGGAGCGAGCUGUCGAGCUGCGAUUUCGACAUUGUUGUUGCAAAUGGAUUCAAGAUGUGCUGGGGUUGCAGGGACUUUUGGGGCUGCUGCACUUUUGGUAGUGAAAGCAGCUGGAGGAAGCGGUGCUGUGUUGGAACCUGGCCGUGUCCCGUGCACUAUGGGGCAGCGGGGUCAGGGUUUGUGAGGCUGUGGGGACGGGACCGGCUCAGCUCCUCUGGCUUCUUUUCAGCUCAUUUCGGUGCAUGGAGGGUUUUUUCCCCCCAUCCCCAGUACUUCUCUCUCUUUUCUUUUCUUUUCUUUUUUUUUUUCCUCUCCUCCUUCGCCGUUAUGUAUUUACAGUCUCUGGAAAGAGAUCCGGGUUGGUUUCGCCGUGUUUUGCUCUGGGCUGUGUGUUUUUGGGAGGCUCUGAGAACAGACCUUGUAUGUGUCCUCCUCCCAGCCAUGCAGCCUCUCCAGGGGAGGGACUGGGGCAAAGCAAUGGCGUUUGGACAAAUCCCAGCGAGAGGCACAAAGUGAAAGUGCAAGAGCUGCUGGUGGGGCUGUGGUGUGCGGCUCGUAAGGAGGAAGGGCCCCAUCCUGCCCCACAGCUGUGGGGUGCAGGGGGAGAGCCCCCUCCCAUCUGCAUCGGGUGGUGGUCGCGAGGCUGAACCUGUGGCUGUUCCCCAGCUUUGGUGAGCUGCAGUGUUGGCUGUGCUCGCAGGUGGCUGCAGUGCUGCAGAACUGGUUUAAGGGCAGAGGCAGCCUUUAAUAGGGCGACUUUUGUUGUGCUCGUGGGCACAUUAGCAGGACACACGCACGCAUCCCUGGAAAGUGGCACAAGAGAGGAAAAGCAGCCUGGGAACAGUGGGGAUCGUCCCCCAGGGCCGUGUCCCUAGCAGGGGGGUGGCAGCAGUGUGCUGUGGGCGCUGGGACCGCAGGGAUGCAGCCAUGGGGUGCAAAGGCUGGGAGGGAGCGGAGGUUCGGCUGCGCGUGGGCUGAAAGGCGGCCAUAAAACAGCGUGGGUUUGCCAUGAGCACAGAGCCAAGGCUGUUUGCCAUGGCUGUGCCCAGGGCAAAGGGCGCGUCGCAUCGUGGGUCAGCUUGAAGCAGGCAUCUGUUUCCAUGGGGUGACAUAGGGGUGCUCUCCUCCUCCACCUCCCCAGGCUGCAGAGCACCAAAGCUCAGUGCCCCUCCUCUAGGGGUCACAUCCAGCUGUCAGCUCCCACCGCCCUGGCCCCAUAGCAAUGAGAUACAGAGGGACCCGGCCCUAUAGGAACUGGUUGCAGAGGGACUGAGCCGUGCCAUUGGGAUGCCCACGGAGCUGCCCACCCCCCACCACCCCUGAGCCCCCCCAGCUGGAUGCUGCAGCACUGAAAAGUGCCGUUCAUCGCCCUGCGCUGGGCUGCGGGGCCGUGCCAAGAGCGGCGGCUGCUGCCUGGCUCAGAAUAGCUCUUUUCAUGGAGGACAUCCUGGGAAGGAACAAUGUUCCGCUCGCGGCAUUGUGGGAACGCUGUGUUUGUGUGAGUCGGGAAGCGGGGAGCUGCGGGGCGUUCCCCGGCCCCUCCGGAAAAUCGCCUGUAGGGUGAGUUGGGAACAGCAUCCUAAAAGAGAAGCUAAAAGUGCACGGCUUUUGCUCUGCUCCGGGUACGGCCGUUUCUGCGCACAAAUCCGAUUUCCACUGCUGACUUGUGGUGAGGGGCCAGGGCCGGUUUCAUUUUCAGAUCGCUGCUGUUGCUCCUGAAACCCCAGGGGCCAGCGCAGCACUGGCUGGGUUGGGCAAUAGGGUUGGUGGGAGCACUUUAAUGAGAUCUCCCGGGAGUGCUGGAGGCGGUGCAGCUGCAGGGCCGGAUCCUGGCGCAGGCUGGGGCUUGUUGCUGCUGCCCGCAUCAAAGCGUGACCGAUUGGUCCCAUCCCAUCCAUCUCAUCCCAUCCAGUCCUGUUGCAUCCUGUCGUGUUCCAUCCUGUCCCAUCCCCCUGUUCUCCAAGGGAUGGCUGCUCCCGGCCCUGCACCCCAAAGCAACCCCAAAACAGCCCCAAAGCAGCAUGGGCUCUGCACUUUUCCAUUGCCUCCAGGCAGGAGCCCUAAAUCCCAAUGAGCAAGGCCGUGCCCAGGGGUGGGCAAGAUUCCCCGCUGGGUGCAAAUGGACACAAUGCGCCGUCACAGUGAUUGCUUUGGCUUGGUGGUGACCUGCAGAAUGCAGCUGUAAGAACGCUGCGAUGCCAAAAUCCCUUUGAGUUGGAUCCAAGUGGAGCAUCCAUCCUCCUUCAUCCCGGUGAGCUGGGGGUGAAAGCAACGGGGCUGCAUUCCCAUCCUCAUCCUGGCUGGAAAACGCACAUUGUGAUCUCAGGCUCCUUCCCACCCCAUGCUGCAGACGAAGCCCAGCGUCCCCAGAUCCAACAUCUUCCAAAGCUCCAAAUCCAUCCACGUGCACUGCGGCACUGUCCCCGCAGGCUCCGCGUGUGCCGGCGAUCCCUGGGUGCCGGCGGAAGCGCAAGCGCAGCCGUAGGGUGCUGAGUCAUGGGCAGGCUGGCGGCGCUGAUAGACGGCAUCGCGCGGGGCCCGCUGUGGGGCUCGGCCGGGCCGUGGGGCCGAUAACAUCUCCCAUCGCCCAGAAACUGCACGGCACGUACUCGGAAGGCCGGCGGGUGGGCAGAGAUAGAGGCUGGCGUUCCCAGCGUUAUCGCCGCCCUGUCUGCAAAGCGGAUCUGCCGCUCUGCUGCUCUCCAAAUCUCCUUGCUCGCUUCCUUUGUGCUUUUUUUUUUUUUCUUUACAUAUUUAUUAUUGUGAUGAUUAUUCCCCGCCCCAAAGCCGUGCAAUCACUUUUCCUCCCCUUCUAGCAGCCGUGGGGAGGCGGCGGUGCGCGGCGCGGCAGGAUACGGGCGGGUUGGAGGAUGUUUCCUGCCUGAGCAGAAUGCGCGGCCCCGAUAAAUGCCGCGUGCGAGCACAAGCGCGGCCGCCUCGCUGGAGCCACGGCAAUGAAUGGGCACGCUCUGCCGGCCGGCACGCCAGCGCAUCCCCGGGGCUGGCAUGAGUUUUGCGAGCUGCACGCCAUCAGCACCGCCAAGGAGCUGGCGCGACACUACCUGCGCUUCGCCACCGAGCACCCGCACCAUGACCUGCUGGCCGCCGAGAACUUCUCGCUGCGCUUCGCCGACCUCUUCCAGCAGUAUUUCUGCAAUGAGGUGAAGGAGGGCUUUGCCAUGAGCCAGCUCCGCAUCCUGCCUGCUGGCCCCGCGCGGGAUUACCGAGACACUCAAUGCCGGCACGCGAACCCUUCCCUGGGCACAGCGGCUUCCAAAGGCGAAGCGGAGCCGCCCGCUCGCCCUGAGCCCCCAGCCGAGCCACCCACGGGGCUGCGCAAAUCGUGGAGCUCGGAGGAGCUGACGGGGCUGGCACGGAGACCCUUCUCGCUCAGCCAGCUCCGCCGCAGCUGGCGCAGCCUCUUCCGCCGCCGCUCCUCGGAUGCUCUCCCCACGGAGGCCGACGGCGAAGCAGCGGAGGCUGCGCUCAAAUCGGGACUGAGCAAACGCAUCCUGCCCUGGGGGCUGUCCCGGGAGCAGCCCCCCGAGGUGCGCAAGGAGGGGACGCUGCGGUAUGGGCUGCUGGAUGAGACGUCACUGGACAGCGGGACGCGCUGGCAGCGCUGCCGCCUGGUGCUGCGCAGGGCAGGGACGCCCAGUGGUGAGGAGUAUGUGCUGGAGCUCUUCGAUCCACCCAAGGGCUCCAAGCCAAAGCUGCGUGCUGCCUGCUCGGCCAUCCAGGAGCUGCGGAGGUGCACGCGCCUCGAGAUGCCCGACAACCUGCACACCUUUGUCCUCAAGGUCACCAAUGCCACUGAUGUGCUGUUUGAGGCGGGGGAUGAGCAGCAACUCAGUUCCUGGAUGGCUGAGAUCCGGCAGUGCAUGUGGAGGGGGUCGGAUACGGGUGACCCUGAGCUCCUGGCAGGCCGGCACCCUGAUCCCACAGCCACCAGCCCUGCCACCAGCUCCGACUCCCCAAACCAAGGGGCAAUGCCAGGGGGGCCGGCGGAGGCAGCGGGGCCGAAGAUGGAGCAAUUCCUGUCCUCCUGCCCCUGGUUCCAUGGGCCCAUCUCCCGCGUGAAGGCAGCGCAGCUGGUGCAGCUGGGGGGGCUGGAGGGCCACGGCGUCUUCCUGGUGCGGCAGAGCGAGACGCGCCGCGGCGAGUAUGUGCUCACCUUCAACUUCCAGGGCAGAGCAAAGCACCUGCGGCUGUCUCUGACGGAGCGGGGCCAGUGCCGUGUCCAGCACCUGCGUUUCUCUUCCAUCACGGAGAUGCUGCACCACUUCCACCGCUAUCCCAUCCCGCUGGAGUGUGGGACCACCUGCGAUGUCCGGCUCUCCAGCUACGUUGUCGUCCUGCCCCAGCCACCGGCUCCCGGCACCAGCCCUGUGCUCCCCGUCCCGCUGCCCUUCUGGAGCCCGGAAUUCAGCCUGACCCCCUCCGAGUCCCCUCCAGAGCCCAUCUUCCACCUGGUGCCACCGGCGGCUGAGCUGGCACAGGGCUCACACCCCAGCGGGGCACCCCAUGGCGCCCGGCCCCGCGAUUCGGACUACGAAGUGGAAGCCCCAGGCCGGGGCCGCGUGCGCGCCGUGGACAACCAAUACACACCACUGUGAUGGGCACAGGGAUGCACUUUUGGUGGAGAAGUCCCGGAGACCCCUCCGGGUGGCACAGAGGAAAAAAGAAUGUAUUUUCUUCCUUCUGGUUAGGGAUUGUUAUUUUUUAUUUUUGUAAGGAAGGGGGUCAUUGUUCACUCCAGUACGGGUGUGCUCCCUUUCCUGGGCCUGUUAAAGGGCCUCUUUUAAAAAAAAAUUUUAUAUUUUUUUGGUAUUAUCAAAGCUUUCUCGUUACUGUUUACACAACCAUCAUGGGGGCACCUCACCGCCGUGUGCCCUCCUGCCCCUUCCUGGAGGAGCUGAGGGUGCGUGGCGCAUCCGCACCACUGGAGGAAAUGAAUGAAAAAGAAAAAAAAUGGAUUCACAAUUCUUGGCCAAGCGCUGCCCGCGAGCCGGGAUGGGGCCGUGCCAUGCUACUGCUCACCGGAGGAUUUGUUCCAUCUCUACAGACAAGGCAAAAACUGGAUUUUCUCACACCUCUUUUUCCCAACUUGCCUGUUGCAGCCAAUCCUGCAGCAGCGCUGCCCGCACAGCGAUGCUAACCGAGACGUGAACACUAACAGCUCCAUCCCUAACAGUGCCACUGCCGAGAGCUAGCUACUGACAGCAAAGCAUCCCCCACCAAUGGGGGCAUUUCCAGCACAAAACUCAGUUUCCCCAUGGUUUUGUACGUUGGCCAUGCAGCUGUGCACCGUGCUCAGCUCUCUUUUUUUCCUCCCCCCACAAAAUGUGUAAGGGGAUGCUGGUGUUCCACGCUAUGCAGUAAUGGGCAGAAGGAGCACAGAGCCCCUCCGAGCCCACACAGCCAACGUGCCUUAGGAGGGAGGAGAAGGGUUCAGUGUUUGCAGCUGUAAUACCGAUACAGCAGCACUUUAACCUCCCUGCCUUCACGUGUGUGAAGCCCCCCAAGCAUGGGGCCCCAUUUACCUGCUGGUGCCUGGAGAGAGCAUCUGCCACUGUCAGAAGAAAGGAGGGAGCUGGGGCUGUUGCCAUGUUCAGGGCACACUGGCAAUGCUCAGCUCCCACUGACAGGAUCAUAGAAUGGGUUGAGUUGGAAGGGACCUCCAAAUGCCAUCUGGUCCCACUCCCCUGCAAUGCACAGGGACACCAACAGCUCGAUCCCGAGGGUUCCUAAUGCAACAUAACUCUCAAACUUUACACAUUACAGAGAAUCUCUGUACCACCCCCAUUAAAAUUAGAGCUGUCAAAGCAUUAAUUUAGAAUUUCAUUUGAAAGCCAACAAUACAAAGCCUCAAAGCUUUUGCAAGGGGCUGAGAAUGCACUAUGUGCACCAUUGACUCUGAACAACCAUGGCCAACUGCACAGCUCUGCUGUAAUAAGUGACCACCACGCAUAAGCAGAGAGCACCAAGUAGCUACAUCCCCUUGAGAACCCAUAUGGAGUUUUGUGCCUCCCAUCUCCUGCUCUGCUCUCAUCCUCCGUUUUACGCAUUGGGAGCACGCAAAGCCCUUUUUGCCCAACUCCUGUUUCAGACACCCCCAGUGCCUGCCCCAUAGCAGCCAGACCUCAGUCUGGAGCAUUUCAGAGAAAAUGAUGCUGCGCAUUGUCACCUCCUGGGCUGCCAAACACAGGAAGGCUGCAGGGGAACAAAGCAGCCCCUGUGCUCUCUUCCUUCCCAGAGCUGCAGUAAGGCUGCAGGCAGCAGCAUGGUCCCCAUGCACCGAAAAGCAGCACAUCAGGGACAAGGCUGCCUGAAUCUGAGGUUCUUAAGGGCAAUGCCUCCUUGGUACAUGGUCCCAGAUUGUUGUGCUUGGGGAGAAGCUGCUCAGCAAAGCUCUGCAAGCCCAUGGAACACCUGCACAUGCUGCAGCCCCAGGCAGCCACAUCUGAAUGAGUUUUUCCCCAAAGGACAAGAGGGUCUCACUCCAACUUCCCAACAACAGAGCAUUGGCAGCAGAGGGAUGGGAAAAGGGACUGCAGCCACACACACAGAGUGUUCCUUACCCAGCCUUCUAUUGCAAGGGAUUUGGUGUAGUUCAAAGGGGAACCAUUGGGCAUGGUUAGAAAAACACACAUUGACUUCAUCAGGCCAUGCCUCCCUGCAAAGUUAACGCAGUGCUGAAGGUACUCAGUUACAGAGGUAGGAAAGGCGCUCUCAGGACACUGCUUUUGGCAAUAAGGAUGCUAAGGGAAGGGGCAGUGCCUUUGCUCUCCAGCUAGGACUGCAGAGACCUGGUUCUGACGAUGCCUAUGACACAAAGCAAUAAUUAACAUUUUCAGUUAUCUCAUCCCUCCCUGCCACACUGCACCCUGGGCAGGUUCCCAACACUGACACCACCACCAACUGGUUGCUGCAGCACAACUAUCCCAUGGCAAAGCCGUGGGGAAGAGCUCUAAGUCCAGGCAAAGCCAAAGCAGAGGGAAUCUCCACGAGCUGGAGCAGCACCAGCGCGCUGGGAAGGGGCCAGGCAGGAGCUUUUUGUUCCUUCACCUCCGGACCACACAACACUGCUGUCACACGACCAAGCAUAUAAAGCCUCCAAGUGUCUGAGCACAGUAUUCCAAACUUCAAGGUGAGCUGGCUUGCUCCCACCAGGGCACAGCCUGCACCAGCAGCGGGGCAGCCACUGUAUGCCUUCCCACCCAGCCUCUAGGGUGACUAAAGCCAACAGGUUCUGUUGGAUGAGUUCAGUGAUUUGGAAGUUCUACUUUUCACCUGCACAGAAGAGCUCUUCUUGUAUAGUAGGUUUUCUAUAUAUUGUUUCUGUAUGUACUGUACAAGUAACUUAUUCUUGAAUAAUGCAAUUUUACCAUAAUAUAAAAAGAAAAACCUGCUCUUAAUAAACUGUUUUUAGAACUCA